AACAAACAAAGAGAGAGAAAGAAAGAGAGAGAGAGAAGAAAUCGCAGAGAGAAUUCCAUUGCAGUGGAAUAGUGUAGUAGUACUGGGGGACUGUGGGGAGUAGUAGAUUCCAAGAAAUCUGUCAAACAAGGAACAAAUUCUUUCCGAGGUCAUCGUGGUCAUUUCAUUCUCGCCUCUGAGAUUCCAACGCAGAGAGGAGGAGGAAGAAGGAGAAGAAUAGAAAUCUGUGGAGUGAGUUUGGAUUUUGAUUGGAGCAUUCACGAGACAGGAAUAUGGAGAGGAGCACUCCGGUGAGGAAGUCACACACUUCGACGGCAGAUCUGCUUACCUGGUCGGAGAAUCCGCCGGAAUUUUCCCCAGCUUCCGCCUCUGCACCUCGUUCCUCCGCCCGCUCCCACCAGCCGUCAGAUGGGAUCCAGAAAGUGGUGUUCGGAGGUCAAGUGACGGAUGAUGAGGUCGAGAGCUUGAAUAAAAGGAAACCAUGUUCAGGUUAUAAGUUAAAAGAGAUGACAGGUAGUGGAAUUUUUGCAUCGACCGGUGAAGAGGACAUGCUAGAAUCUGAGAUUGCAAAUGCUACUCCAAGCAACAAAACUGGACUGCGAAUGUAUCAGCAAGCUGUUGCUGGCAUGAGCCAAAUUUCAUUUGGUGAAGAUGAAGCUGUUUCACCGAAGAAGCCAACUUCACUGCCUGAAGUGGCAAAGCAGCGGGAGCUAAGUGGAACACUAGAGAGUGAGGCAGAUGCAAAGUUGAAGAAGCAACUUUCUGAUGCAAAAUGCAAAGAGCUUAGUGGGCAUGACAUCUUUGCCCCGCCACCUGAAAUCAAGCCUCGACCAUUAACUGCUCGGGCAUUGGCAUUAAGAGAAAGCAUUACCAUUGGAGAGCCUGCUCCCAAUCACGAUCCUGAAGCCAGUGAAGAAGUUGUCAAGACAGCAAAGAAAAUUCCCAACCAGAAGCUUGCAGAGCUGUCAGGAAAUGACAUUUUCAAGGGAGAUACUCCCCCAGCACUGGCAGAGAAGCACCUAAGCUCCGCAAAGCUGCGAGAAAUGAGUGGUAGUAACAUAUUUGCAGAUGGAAAAGUAGAAUCUCGGGACUUCUAUGGUGGUGUCCGCAAGCCUCCUGGUGGUGAGAGCAGUAUUGCGUUGGUGUAACUUGUUAGGUCUAACUCAAAUCGGUUCAUAUCAUCUUUCACCAUUUGUGUUUCCUUCUCUUAUUUGUAGCAGGGGUCGUUUUUCUUGUGAUGUGACCAUGUGUUUUUUACCGGGUUUGUUGUGUGUUAGGCUUCAUUAACAAGUCAACCAGAGCUAUGAACCAUUUAGCUAAUUGGGUUGUAUUGUUCAUAAAUCUAUGUUUUGGUUGUCCGUGUGUAUGAAGAUGGCUGUGCACUGGAUUUAAUUUACACUCAAAAUGCUUCUUGGUUUUGAUUUU